AUGGAAAUGGCUGAAGGUAAGAGUAUACCUGCAGGCAAAUCAGGCCACCUCCUGGAAAAAGUCUGGCACCUAAACUUGCUAGCAAGAGAUGUGCUUUUGAAAAGCGAUCUGGAUAAUGAAGGUAGAGUGGAGUACAUGCUUAGACUGAUCUCUUUAACAACAGAGCUGAGCAGAUCUCUCAGGCAACAGCUGGAGAACAUUACAGAAAGAAUUCAAGACACCUGCCACUUGCUGAGUGCUCUCCAUGACAAACACAAUGAAUUGCCUGCAAGUCCAGAAUACAAUGGAAUUAUAGAUUGUCUGCAGAAAGUGAAGGAUUGUUUGAUAAAUACAGUCUCACACCUUCAAGAGGCAGAAAAUAAACUUUAUGCUGCUAGCUGCAGACAAGAUGAUGAUUCUCAGAUCCAGACUGCUCAAAAUGCUUCUAGAGAAACAGAUGUGUGUUGUUCUGAAGGAGAAGCAACAGAGUCUGUGCAAGCAUCUUCUAGUCCCAGUCAGCAAUCCCAAAGAACUCCUUCCCUGAACAAGACAGAAAGUCAGAAUGUUCAUCAAAUCCAGCCAACUGAAAUUAGAACCGUGGAAAAAGAGGUUUUUGCAUCAUUAGCUGAAAACAUAUCUGCUCGAGCACAGGACAUUAGCAGAGAACCUCCAAUGAAAAAGGAAGAUGGUGAACACAGACUGCUAAUGAACCCUGUAACAGACAAAAAAGAUUGCAAUGGAAAGGAUAAACCUCAUGGAGGUAGCUCUGUUACUGAAAGGUCUCCAGAGCUGGCUUUUCAAGAUGCUUUUAUGGGCAGUGAGGAAGGCAUUCUGUCUGGGACAUUGAAAGACAGAACUGUCGCAAAUCUUUUUGAACAGGAAAAAAAGGCAGUAGUCAAAGAAUCUUCAAAAGGGGUAGAAAGUGAAGAAUAUAAACUGACAGAGCAAACAGAAGACAGUAAAAUGGAAACAAAUCAUGAGAUUUGUAGGAAUGACCUAGUUACCUUCACAUCUUCAGCACAAACAUGUGAUCUUACUGCUGGGAAUCUUUCUAUGAAUGAUUCAGAAGAGGUACAAAAAUCUAGGCACUGGAUGAACAAACAAUUUCUAGUGGAAGAGAGUGGUAAGAAUAAACAUGAAGUAGCUUGUUUUAUUAAAGCCCCUGCAACUGCUCUGGAGAAUCUGAAAUGUAAGAUAGUCAAUGACACUAGUUCCUUGGUGGUGGAUGAUUUUGAGGAGCUGGUCAGCAAUGUCAUCAGUAUUGAAUGCUCUGAUUAUAAGAAAACAAUCCCUUUCCCUAUCAACCUUGCAAUCCCAUUUACUUCGUACUUCAGAGGAAAUUAUCGGGAGAUUAUGGUGAAGGUGACCAAUGUGAACUUUCAAUCAAACUACUUAACUCCUAUUUCUUUGGAGAGAUACCAAGGAAACCAUAAGGAAACCUUUGUGGAAGUGAAAAUUUAUCAGCUGGGUGUUUUUUCUGUGUUGUCAUGCUUAAAGAAAGAAACAUUUACUGUUCCAAAGGUAGGACUCUCACAAAAGCUGAGCGUGGAUUCUAGAAUCUCUUUCUAUUACCCUCCAGAAACAUUCAGUUCUCCAGCACCCAUGCAGUUAAAGGUUCAGCCAAUUGAACCAUCAUUGGUUUCCAUAUUGAAAGCAAGACACGAUAUGUACCACUCGGUGGUAUCUACUAGUGCACUGGUUUAUGUCCAGCAUCCUUCAGCCCAACCAUUGAACAGCUCAGUCACUAUCACUCUACCCUGUCCUCCAAACCCAGAAAAAAGAAGGCAAGGAGGUGAGACAGAACAUGCAAGAGCCAAUAGUGCUACAGUGAAGAGGGUUGCUAUGGCAUACCAUCCUUGGGCUGUGAGUGCUUCUGUGAGAAAAAAUGGGGAGAAUCACAGUGAUACUUUGAAAUUAUUAGGUCACAGAAACAAAGAAGAGGGAUGGAAGGUGUUUGAUGAUGUUAUUAUCCAGAAUGCACGGAAUGGGCUUGUAUCAUUUGAACUAAAUGAGCAUUUAGAAAGCUUUGUGGUCAUUCGCUUUUCGUUCCUCUUGGAAAACACAUAUCUUCUCCUCUUUGCUCAGGCUCUGGAAGAAGCUGUUCAUAGCACAAUGGCUAAUGUGAUACUGUAUCGGAAAAGAGAGAACCCAUAUAAAAUAGUAGUUUUGCUCUCUGCAUCCAGAGAAUUGACCUGUGAACUUCAAAAUCUCCAUGAGGAGGGCUACUUUGGUCCCCCAGAACCUACACAACAUUUCCCAUUAAGAGAAGGAGAGCAGAUUCAUUUUAGAUUUAGAGGCAAUAUUUUUGCUUCAGAGAAUGGAAAAGAUUUUGGAAAAGUCUACAGGCUGAUUUUUCAUUCACAAAGAAAACCCAGGCUGGAGCUCCAAAUUAAAGAAGUGGAUGAAUUUGGUAACCAUAGUUUACCUCAUUACAAAGGAACAGCAGUGUUUUAUAAAAUUACCAGAGAGAUGAUAACCAAGAAAUGGGAACAACCCUUGCCAUAUGGUGACUAUCAACACCAGUCUCCACUGUGUAAAUUAGCAAUAACAUUACCAAAGAUACACACAGGAAUCACUGAUGGAGCAGUUCUGAUCCAUCACCAAUGUGGGAGGGACCCUCAUAAUUUUGCUUAGCAGGUGAGGGACCCUCAUCCAAGCACAAGCAUGGAAAGAUGUUUAGCAGAAGGUUUUCACCCAGUUUCUCUCCCCAAAUGGUAUGGCCCUGAGAAAUUAUUUAAGUUUCAGUUAUAUAGUUCUUGUAUCCUUGUCUUGGGAAUGCAGAACUGCAAAUU